UUACGUGGCUCGCACGGUUUUAGGGGACAAGUGAAGAGCAUGAUGAUUUGAGUCUGUGUGUCUCUCUGGAGCAGUUAUUAAAAACUGUGAGUGUGACUGUUCCAACGCAGCGUUUUAUCUGACGCUCGACAAACGCCGGCAGGGUAAAACACAGGUUUACGAGAAGAGCUACAUGUCAAACAUGUGAAACAUGGCUCACCCCCAGCAGUCCACGGCGAUGCCCUCAGGCGCAGAGUCCCCUGCCCUGGGGGUCACUGUAAGUGGCAGUGUCCAGAAGUAUGCUAUCAAGAAGAAAAAGGUCCUUAACGCAGAGGAGAGCGAGUUGUUUGAGUUGACGCAGGCGGCCGGUAUCACCAUUGAUCAGGAGGUCUUCAAGAUCAUUGUGGAUCUGUUGAAGAUGAAUGUUGCACCAUUAGCUGUCUUCCAGACUCUGAAAGCAAUGUGCGCAGGACAGCGGAUCACAGAGACCUCGGCAGGGGAUGCCUCCACGGCCAUGCAGGCUUCUGCAGCCCCUCAAGAGCCCAGAGUGGAAGACUCUGUUGUGUCUGGCAAGAGCAGUAAAAUCCCUGCUCCUCUUCCCCCAUCCUCGGGCUUGCGACCAGCGAGAGUAAACACAAAGAUUGUGGUCUACAGCCCCACCGAUGCUUGCUCACCUCUCUCUCAAGUGCGCACCAAAACAAGCCAGAGCCAUGGGGAGAAGGGUGGCCGGGAUGGAUCCAGCCAGCGUGUGCCACGUCAACCCAGUGCCUCCCGGGGACCCAAAAGUGGCAAGAGCUCCGGCAGCAGUAGCUCAUCCUCACAGCUGACAUCCAGCUAAGGGUCCCUCCUCACAAGUGCAGUGGGGUCCUUGUUUGUGGUGGUGCACUGCAUAUGCAGAACUCUUUAUUCUGUUUUAGCCUGUGUGUGUGUGCAAGUUUUCACUCAAGUGAAGGUCUUGUUUUUAUUAUUUUCUUGGUUGAACUAAUUCAGCAUUCUCUUGCUAGAGUCCAUAUGGAAUUUAAAUAGGGCUAAAAACCUGAGUAUGCGCUGCACCAGUGCCAGGACUCGGACUGGGAAGCAUUUGUGUGUAAAAAAAUUUUCUUUAACUCAGGGUUAUAAAGAAGCCUGAUGUAGUCAAUUUUGAAUACUGUUUUAGCAGCUUAACUUUAAAUUCUCGUUGGUUGUUUUGCUCUUGUGACUUUUCAUUCCCAAGACAGAAUAACCAUAUAAUACCCCUUACCUUUGUUCAGACUAGUUUAAUUUACUACAUGGCUGUUGAUCUGUCUGUCAACAGUAUGUCAGUGCUAUAGUAGAAACAACUGUGAUUAGUACUGUAGCACACUUAAAAUCCAGCACAUUUCGUGCUUCCAAGUCUUUUGUGAAUGUGCUGGCAAUGUUAUCUUAACAUGUGUAUGUUUACGACUAUCAGCGUGCCCAAAUAUUCAGAUAUCAUAGUAUGUGGCGUCUUUGAGGAUGCAGCUGUACCUUCUCUGUUGUCUCUGCCUUCCAUACAUCAUUGUUUCAUUGUGAAAAGAAACAGUGCUUAAGUUUGAUGCAGCAGAUUAUUGGGUCUUGUAAAGAAUGGAGAUUGCAAAUGUGUACAACACCAACUGUGGUGUUCUCUGUAAAAUUAAUAUUUUUGUACAUAUUUAUUUUUUGUGCUGUGGUUUUAAUGUUUGAGGGAGGCAUACUGGAAAAUUCCUCAUCCCUUUACCUCAAAGUCUGUAAAUGUAAAAGCUUUUUAUAUUAAUGUUUGCAAUAAAUGU